AUCUCUCCUCAUCCAUCAUGGCGUCGCACGGCCCGGCUUCAGCUCCCGCAUCACUGGGGCGGGACCGCGGUGGGUCGGACUGCCAGCCGUUGGGCACUUCCGCCAGGCUCGGGUUUCCUUCGACUCGGCAUUUAAAUUGAGCUGCAGGACAUCAGCUGCUGCUACAUCCAGCGCUGUGCAGUGACAGAAAAUAAACCGUAGCGCUAGCAAAACAGGUUGCUUUUAUUUUUUGACUAGAAAGCGACAGCAAUAAUAUUUGACCCUGAGGAGGUUUGGGUUGUUUUAUUGGCUGAAGAGCGGGAGCAGUUGAACAAUAACGGUGGUUGAGCUCUGACAGCAGCUCGGUGCAUCAUUUUUGGGAUUCCUCCGCUAGCUCUUGGACGGAAUUGAAUAGCGGUAACGCGAUGUUGUGCAUGAGCAGAAUGAUCUAGGUUUUUCUGGGCAGUGUUUGUUUACUGAUAUAAAUUGGUAAACAGAACAAAACUCCCUGAAUGCAGUGUUUUUUUUCCGGCCCAGGAGCAUAAGUGGCCUGGACUUUGGAGGACCGAUGGACUGGAUGAUGAGAGUGCAUUUGAAGGGUCAGGUUUAAAUUCUGAUAAAUAGAACAGUUCAAUUUUUUUUUUUUUUUUUUUAAUUGUAGGCACUACCAGAGACAAAAUCUUAAAUAGUUUAAAUAGGCUUAAUAUAAUAUCAGGCCAAACUUGAAUAUUACCAUCAACAACAACACCACUCACCACCCACUUAGGGAAGCAGGACUUUUGCUGUUAUUUCAUCUAUAAAUAUAAAUAUUAACUUUUUUUCCCUUUUCCCUCAAAACAGCCUUUUAAAAUAGGAAACAGUAAUUAAAAAAUGUUUUUAUGUAUGUAAUGUACCAUUUUUGAUUUGAGGUGGACCUUGAAUUAAGUUAGCUCUUGGCUCUUUAGUUUUAAUUUGGAGGUCAUCUUGUUUUAUAUGUGGUGAAAUCUCACUUUCAGAUUGACAUUGAAACUAAUAUUUAAUCCCUAAAGGACAUCACAAAUUUGUGCUCAACAAACCGCAUCUUUGACUAGUUCUACAUAUUGGAGGCUUUACUAUUCUAAUAAUAAGCAACCAGCAACCAUGUUCAGCUGGCUUGGAACCGACGACAGGAGGAAGAAGGAGCCAGAAGUCUUUCAGACUGUCAGCGAAGGACUGAAGAAGCUUUACAAAACCAAACUCCUGCCGCUGGAGGAAAGCUACAAGUUCCACGAGUUCCACUCCCCGGCUCUGGAGGAUGCUGACUUUGACAACAAGCCCAUGGUCCUACUGGUGGGUCAGUACUCCACUGGCAAGACAAGCUUCAUACGCUACCUGUUGGAGCAGGAUUUUCCUGGAAUGCGGAUAGGCCCCGAACCCACCACGGAUUCCUUCAUCGCGGUGAUGCACGGCGACACAGAGGGAGUCAUUCCCGGGAACGCUUUGGUGGUUGACCCCAAGAAGCCCUUCAGAAAGCUGAACGCAUUUGGAAACGCAUUCCUCAACAGGUUUGUGUGUGCCCAGCUGCCGAACCCAGUGCUGGAAAGCAUCAGUGUGAUCGACACACCAGGGAUUCUGUCUGGAGAGAAACAGAGAAUCAGUCGAGGUUAUGACUUUGCGGCUGUCCUGGAGUGGUUUGCGGAGCGAGUGGACCGGAUCAUAUUACUGUUUGAUGCCCACAAACUGGACAUUUCUGAUGAGUUCUCAGAGGUGAUAAAGGCCCUGAAGAACCAUGAAGACAAAAUAAGGGUUGUGCUGAACAAAGCUGACCAGAUAGAGACCCAGCAGUUGAUGAGAGUCUACGGUGCCCUGAUGUGGUCACUAGGGAAAAUAGUCAACACCCCUGAGGUGAUCCGUGUCUACAUCGGUUCAUUCUGGUCCCACCCUCUGCUGAUCCCUGACAACAGGAAGCUGUUUGAGGCGGAGGAGCAGGACUUAUUUAAGGACAUUCAGUCUUUACCGAGAAAUGCAGCGCUUAGAAAACUCAACGAUCUGAUCAAGAGGGCAAGACUAGCCAAGGUCCAUGCCUAUAUCAUCAGCUCACUGAAGAAAGAGAUGCCUUCUGUGUUCGGGAAGGAGAACAAGAAGAAAGAACUAAUCGGCAGUCUGGGAGAUAUUUAUAAACGCAUUGAAAGAGAGCAUCAGAUAUCACCUGGAGAUUUCCCAAAUUUGAAGAAGAUGCAGGAUCAACUCCAGGCUCAGGAUCUCACCAAGUUCCAGCCUCUGAAACCCAAACUCCUGGAGGCAGUUGACGACAUGCUAGCCAAUGACAUUGCUGGCUUAAUGGUCCUGGUCCGUCAAGAAGAAACGCAGCGUCCUAACCCAGUUGUGAAGGGCGGUGCCUUCGAUGGCACUUUGGACGGCCCCUUCGGCCACGGGUAUGGCGAAGGCGCCGGUGAAGGCAUCGACGAAGCGGAGUGGGUCGUCGCACGUGACAAACCGGCUUAUGAUGAGAUUUUCUACACAUUAUCUCCUGUCAACGGAAAGGUGACUGGAGCCAACGCCAAGAAGGAGAUGGUGAAGUCAAAACUGCCCAAUACAGUGCUGGGAAAGAUCUGGAAGCUGGCAGAUAUCGAUAAGGAUGGGAUGCUGGAUGAUGAGGAGUUUGCGCUGGCCAAUCACCUGAUAAAAGUGAAACUGGAAGGACAUGAACUGCCAUCAGAGCUGCCAGCACACCUGGUGCCCCCAUCCAAGAGGAAAAUACUUGAGUAAAUGUAAGAUUACCUCAACUCCCUGCUCCAAAACCUGUAAGUAGACCCCACACCCAUCUCCAGAGAAAAUGAUUCGCAUUAAAAGAGGUAGAAGAAGUUUCCUGUAGCGUUAUAGCAAAAAAAAUCCCCACACAACCCACCGUGUUGCCCAGUCUUUCCUUACCUUCAAGAGGCAAAUAUUAGAACAAAUUAUUCAGUUAAAUUCAGUUUUUACACAUAGCUCUAUAGGAUUUGACUUCCUAGUAAGAUUUGGAUUUAAAUGCAAUAUUUCUGCAGUGCUGACAUAACUUUUACCAGGGUAGAAAAACUGGAUCUGGAUGAGUUCUUUAAUUAAAGUCAAGUCUUUUAGACCAGUGUCUUCUUUCUUUUAUGUAAAGUGGAGAUAUUGGGAAAUGUCAGGUAGGACAGGUAUUAGAGAUGUUAGGACAACUGAUAUGUUGAUUAGUAAAGGAAAACAAAACUACAAGUCUAAAACAUAAACACUGGAAUACAGAAAACAUGUAAGUCGGUCUAAACUACUGGAAGAAAAUGGGGGAGAUGCAAACAUGAGAAGACAAAAAGAAGGAAGAAAGAAUUUUUUGUUGGAGGGAUUAUUUUGGGAGAAGGAUAUAAAAUUUGCAAAUAAAUGGUUUAUCCCCAUUAAAACUUUAUCUAUAAUAGGAACUGUUAUUAUAUUGUCAACUGUAAUCAGCUCAGUAAAACUCAUGUUCAACUGCAGUAUUUCACACGACCACCAAAACAUUUCACAGCCCUUGUAUCGAGAGGUCCUGCAUUAUUUUUGGUCUCCUGGCACGGCUGAGUAUGGCUUUUGUUUCAUGGCGACAUCUUGAACAACUACAAAGAUUUCCUGUCAAAUGGCUUGAGAAUACACACAAACACAUACCAAUGUGUAAAAGCGCACACACUCACAUAAGCACAGAAAAUGAGCACCAUUCCCGGUCUGUAUUUUGUAACCACAACGACAGAGUGGAGCACCUCCAGUUAACACAAAAAAAAGAAAACGGUCUAAAUCGAUCACUAACUGUUGAAAAUUUAAAAAUGUGAUGUGCUGAUGUUAGUUAUUGUGUGUGGGAUGGAGUUUAUAUCGUCACCAUCUUGUGUUGUUGGAUGGACAUUAAGAGGCUCUUUUACAAUGGAGUAGGAGAUGCUUCUUUCAUGGGAAACAAGCAGGGGAGAACCUAAGAAUGUUAAGUGGUUUGUCUCUUCAAGGAUUUUUUAAAUAAUUCUGAAUCUCAUUAACAUGUUUAAAAGAUACUGUGACUAUAAUAUGAAACCAUACUAUGGGACACAUCAGUGUGCUGACACGCUCAGUAUAAAUGUGCUGUUGAACGUGCAGGCGCUCAUGGUUCUGUGUGGGCAGACCUGACUAUUCUAUGUAUGCAUAUGAACACAUGUAUCAGUGUUAUUAUUUGUAACGUAUAUGUACUAAGUCUUAAGCAUUGCAUAGGCUACUGAGUUGGGAUUACUCCAGUGGGUUAUUAACUGAAAAUUGAUCAGUUGCUGUUCACUAACCAAACCUUGCAGUCCAGAGAGUGAGCACACAGCUUUUUGCUUAUUUUGUGAUGAUGACAAACACUAAUCGACACAUUUUUCAAAAUGUUUCUUUUAGUUUUUGAAGAAAAAAAAAAUUGGCUUUCUAUUUCAUGUAUUUAAAAUUGUACACAUGUAAUAAAUGUAAUUCCUCUUUACAAUGUUUCUGAUGUAUUACUGUAGCAUUAUGCCAGUAUAUGUGUGUAUGUAUAUUUCACUUUAGGAUCAUAGUUUUAAUGAAUCGCUAUCAUAAGCUGAAACAAUAAACUAACUAAAAUUGGAUCCCCAUAUGAUAUGUUCACUAAUGUGUUGGGAAUUAGACAUUUUGAGCUUUAGAAUUGAUUUAACUGAAACAUUUUUUCCAGUUUAGCCAUUAAUGUCCUUCCCUGUGCGUCUCUGUGCUAUUACUGUGAAUCUAAUGUACAUAAGAAGACUGCUUUCAUUCCAUGAACACUCACUGCAUCACUUGCUCAUACUUGACAGAAGAGCCAUGAUCAGACAAUAAAAUAUCUGCUUGUUGAAUAUGAAUUCCCUAUUCUCUAUACAAAGCCCUUGAACUUGACUUGAAGUUGGUUUCAUACUGUGAGGGAUUGCAACAUGAAUUCCUGCCUACUGGUAAACAUACUAAGUGGAAACACUGGUGUUAUGGUAUUUUGUCUGUUUUUGAGAUGGUGAUGCAUUGCUUAAUCUGUACUUCACUGCUUUCCUGUCAACAUAAACAGUCUAGAAAUGUAAUAAAAUUCAUUUACUCAA